AAAAAGAGAGAGAGAGAGGGGGGGACAAACUAGAGAAACCUCGAUGCCAAACCAAUACCAUAUUCAAGAUUCUCGUCAGAAUCCCCCUGGCCCUGCCCAGCUCACCUCUCUCUACCUUUGAUUCCCUCAUGGCCACGGUGGCGCGUGCAGUUCACUGCCAGCUGCCAUCCACAGGCGGGGAGCCUUCGGCAGCAAGGAGGGAGCCGGUGAGCAUCCCUUCAUUGGUUUCGGUUCCAAGGGCGAAGCAAUCGGCGGGUGAUCAGUCGUUGUCCGAAGGUGCGGGGAAGAUCAUGCUGCAGCCGAGGUUGUGCACGCUGAGAUCAUAUGGCUCGGAUCGCCCGCCGGUGGGGAUGGCGGUGAUCAGGACCAGAAAGGAGAGCUGUGACGAGGUCUCGCCCUUCUUCGAGACGCUGUCUGAGUACAUCGAGAGCACCAAGAAGAGCCACGACUUCGAGAUCAUAUCCGGUCGCUUGGCUAUGAUUGUAUUCGCCGCAACUGUGACGACGGAAGCAGUGACAGGGAACUCCCUGUUCAGUAAAAUGGACAUACAAGGGAUCGAAGAGGCAGCCGGGCUGUGUCUGGGAGCUGUGACCUGCGCUGCGGUCUUUGCUUGGUUUUCGAGUGCCAGGAACCGGGUCGGCCGGAUCUUCACUGUAGGAUGCAACACGCUGAUAGACUCUCUAAUUGAUCAGAUCGUCAAUGGGCUCUUCUAUGAGAGCGAGCUCAGUGACUGGUCUGACGAAAUCUGAGCAUUGAAUAAUAUGAUUUGGACACACUUUGGACAUAAUAUAGUUACAUAUAGAUAGUACAUAUAUAUGCCGGAUUUUGUAGCUUCUUCUGUAAAAAGGAUAACUUUCAAGGAUGGAUGGAUAGAUGCAUUGGUAAUUUACCUAAAAAAUAGAAGUGGAUCAUAAUUAUGAAAA